GGACACCUCUGGUCAGCAAGAUGUUACUCAUGAACUCGAACUUGAAUUUAUAGACACCCGAAUAUUAGCGGCUGAGAAGAGGAAGCAGGCUCAAGGCGAGGCAUCCGAAUUUGCAUCAAUGGUAGAAGUAUUUUUAGACAAUGCCAGAAUUUUAAGUAAACGAGGAGGACGUGCUUGACAUUCGGCUGCACUUUCCUAACUGCAAUGGUUUCGUCAUAAUGCGCUCAUUACUGUGACUGGUCCGAAAUUUAUAUAAAAUGACGCUCUUUAUCCCACAUUCAAUGUACAUACUUAUAACAAAAUGGAUAAAAUCAAGAGUGAAAUCAAGAACGUCUUCAACAAGGGAGAUAACAAGCAGAGUGCCACUAAUGUCGACCACUCAAAGGAUUCUGCUCCUCAAAUUACCCGCUCCGAACCUAGCGAAGUGCACGACGCCUCUUUAAACCAAAUUCACCAAGCUGAGGAGAAGGAAAGACAAGAGAGAAUGCACACCGAUCAGGAGCAAGCCAAGGAAAACGCAAACAAGCUUGCAGACAUGGUUGAUCAGAAUGUACACACUCAACAAUGAUGACUAUAACCCAUAAUACUCUAUCCCACAUCAAUAUAAUGAAAUUGUUCAAUAAAUCUAUGUAGCUUGGCAAAAUAUUGGGAUGUUCUAUGUUGGUUUUGGUUGAGGGAAGUGAAGUAUUUACAAAUACAUCAUAUAAUAUUGCCUACAAUAAAAUCUAGAUGUUGGUACAUUUGGUAUCCUAGGAUAUGCCUAGUGAGCGCUUGCU